AUGUCUUUUCAAUUAUCAACUGGGGUAAUUAAAAAUAUCUUUUCAAAAGAUACUCAUGAUAAACAUAAACCACCUUUUAUUUUUCAAAUUACAAAUAUAAAACCUUUCCAAGUUCAAAAUCAAACUAAUAAAAAAUAUAGAAUUUUAUUAUCUGAUGGUAAAUAUAUGACUCAAGGUUUAAUUGAUGAAGCUUGCUCAACUUAUUUAGAAAAUAAUAAUUGUAAUAGAUAUGCAAUUGUUCAAGUUAAUGAUUAUUCAAUUUUUAGAACUUUAAAACAUUUUUUUGUAAUUAAAGAUUUAGAAAUUUUAAAACCAACUGGUGAAAAAUCAACAACUGAAUUAAUUCAAAUUGAUCAAUAUUUUCAACAACAUCCAGAAGAAGAAUAUUUAGAAUCUACAAGUAAAGAAAAGGAAAAGUCACCCGCAAUUAAUAAUAAAGAAUCAACACCAGUACCAUUAGGUCAAUCUUUAACAAAAACAUCAUCACCAGCUCCAGCUCCAGCACCACAACAACAAUUUAAACCAACUGCUUCUGCUGCUCCUUCAAGAAUAACUCCAAUUGAAACUUUAUCUCCAUAUCAAAAUAAUUGGACUAUAAAAGCAAGAGUUUCUUAUAAAGGAGAUUUAAGAACUUGGUCAAAUCAAAAAGGUGAAGGUAAAGUAUUUGGUGUUAAUUUCCUUGAUGAAUCAGAUGAAAUUAAAGCUUCUGCUUUUAAUGAAACUGCUGAAAGAGCUUAUAAAUUAUUAGAAGAAGGCAAAGUUUAUUAUAUAUCAAAAGCAAGAGUUUCACAAGCAAGAAAAAAAUUUAAUAAUUUAACACAUCCUUAUGAGUUACAAUUGGAUAAAGAUACUGAAAUUAAUGAAUGUUUUGAUGAAACUGAUGUACCUAAAUUAAAUUUUAAUUUUGUUAAAUUAGAUCAAAUUCAAAAUUUAGAUCAAAAUUCAAUUGUUGAUGUUUUAGGGGCAUUAAAAGUGGUUAAUCCUCCUUUCCAAAUUACUGCAAAAUCAACAGGUAAAGCUUUUGAUAGAAGAGAUAUUACAAUAGUUGAUGAAACUGGAUUUGCAAUUGAUGUUGGAUUAUGGAAUCAAACUGCAGUUGAUUUUAAUAUUGAAGAAGGUACGGUUGUUGCUUUUAAAGGUUGUAAAGUUAGUGAUUUUAGUGGUAGAUCAUUAAGUUUAACUCAAGCAGGUUCAUUAAUUCCGAAUCCUGGUACUCCAGAAUCAUUUCAAUUAAAAGGUUGGUAUGAUAAUAUAGGUAUACUGGAAAAUUAUAAAACUUUAAAAUCUGAAAAUAUGGGUGGUGGUGGAAUUGAUAAAUUAGCAAGUAGAAAAUUUAUUGCUCAAGCUUUAGAUGAACCAUUAGGUGAAGGAGAUAAAGCAGAUUAUUUUACAGUUAAAGCAAGUUUAUCAUUUGCAAAACCUGAUAAUUUUGCAUAUCCAGCAUGUACUAAUGUUAUUCAAAUUUCAAAUGAUUCAAGUAGACCACCAACACAAUGUAAUAAAAAAUUAAUUGAGCAAACAAAUGAUGGAACUUGGAGAUGUGAACGUUGUGAAAAAAAUUAUGAUCAACCUACAUGGAGAUAUAUUAUAAAUUGUUCAAUUGUUGAUUCAACUGGUCAAAUGUGGGUUACAUUAUUUGAUGAACAAGCUAAAAAAUUAUUUGGAAUUGAAGCUAAUGAAAUGAAGGAAAAAAAGGAAGAAAGCAAUGAUGCUGUUGGUUUAAUUAUUCAAGGUGUAACUUAUAAAGAAUAUAAUUUUAGAUUAAAAGCUAAACAAGACACUUUUAAUGAAGAAUUAAGAACAAGAUAUCAAUGUAUGGCGAUUAAUGAAUUAGAUUAUCUACAAGAAAAUGAAUAUUUAUGUAAAGAAUUGGAUUCAUUAUUAGUUUAA